CCUUCGACCACCACAGGAAGAGAGGAAGCAUGGAGCCGCGCCGGUCCAACUCCCCCGCGCCUCCGAGCGGUCCGAACAUGGGCCCGCCAAUGCCGAAUUACCCGCACCUUAGCCCGUACCCGCCGAUGGCCCACCACAUGCAUCCCGGGGGCAUGCCCAUGCCGCCGCACAUGCCGCCGCCGCCCCCGCACCAGCUCAUGCACCCGCCGAUGCAACCGCCGAUGUCGGGCUCGCACAUGCUUAGCCAGCUGUUCCCGAACCUGAACAUGCAAGGUCGGUCGCCGUCGCCUGCGUCGAUGCCGCCGCCGCCGCAACCAAGCACGAGCCCGAGCCCGAGCCACCGCUCGCAUUUUGAUCCGGAGCUCACGACGCCGGGACACCACAACCACCCGCAGCCAUCCGCUCUGCCGAUUCCGGCGCUCAUGCGUCCGUCGAGUGCCAGUGGCGGCUCGGUCACGACGCGUGUGCCCCCGCCGACGGCGACGGUGCGCUCGGCGUCGAUCUCGUCGCCGGGAACACUGUCGCCUGGCACGCGUCUCCUUGGCCAGCAGUGCGUUUACGAGCCCAAAAAGGACACGGAUGCGCGGUCGUUGGAAGUGACACCGAUCACGCUCUAUGUCUCGGAGCGGGCGUCGGAUCUCGGCACGCUCAUCUCGGUGAACGAGCACUACAUCUCGUACCCGAUCCGGAACGGCCUCAUCCGCGUCAUCAACCAGUCGAGCGUGAACCGCAUCCUUCUCCGCAAGCACGAGCAGCACGCGGUGACGGAGCUCGCGUUCUUCAACGACCAUACGGACCUCCUCCUCUCGGCCGGCACGGACAACCACAUUGUCAUCUGGCGUCUCUCGGAAGACAUGUACGCGCAAAAGCCCAUGACGCGCGAGGUGCUCAAGACGCUGCCGUGCCGGGCGCAGCGCGUCAAGUGGCACCCGCUCGACUCGAACAAGAUUGCCAUCGUCCAGGACGCGACCGUGUACGUGACGGACCUCGACAACGUGACGGCCGACCCCGUCGACGGCUUUGAGCUCACCGAGCACAGUGUGCUCUGCGAUCGCAGCCAGGCGCACGUGAACGACGUGGCGUUUUCGGCCGAUGGCCACCACCUCGUGACCGCCGGCAUGGACGGCGCCGUCCACGUGUACCAUCUCGGCGGCAUGGCGGUCGGCGCGGCCGCGAGCUACUUGCGCCGCUUUGACCCGUUCGAUGGCGCGCCCGUCAACAGCCUCAACGUCUUUGCGGCCCAGUACGGCGGUGCGGCGUCCGGCUUGCUCGUCGGCGGCCAAGGCAACACGCUGCUGUCGCUGUGGAACGCGCCGUGGGACGCAGAAGUCGACACGUGCACGCAGAGCUUUCGCCUCCACAAUGCGUCGACCAUGCACGAGCUCGUGCUGGAUCCGACGCACGAGUACGUGUACGUGGCCGACCGCGCGGCCGCCUCGCUCUGCGUCUUGCACUUGGCGAGCAGCCCGAGCCCACGCCUCCCGCGUCGUUUGGACAAUGUGACGGAGUUUUCGCUCGCGUAUCCGAUUCUGUCGAUGACGGUGCUGCACCCGGCGUCGAGCACGGGCGUCGCGGACGAGUCGCCGAUGCAGCUCUACUGCAUCCAGACGCAGGCGAUCCAGCGCUACCACGUGGCGCCGGCCGCCUGCUACGUUGCGCCGCGCAGCCCCGUGCGGUCGUUCCGCGAGGAGCCCAAGGCGGUGCCGCCGGCGAUCGUCGAGGCGCCGAACGACGCGUCGCCCGAGACGGAGCUCGAUCUGCAGAUCACCGUGCACGACUUUAACGGCAGCGAGGCGGGCCUGAGCUCGAUGCUCGCGACCGACGGCGGCAACGACUCGGUCGGUCGCCGCAGUGACGACGACGACGACGAUGACGACGACGACCACAGCGAAGUCGACAGCCUUGCCCCGACAUCGGCGCCGUCGCGCGUGCCGGGGUCGCCGCGGUCGGUCUCGUCGCUGCCGAUGCCGCCGCCGUCGGAUGCGCAUUUGCGCUAUGCGCGGUCGUCGCCGUCGUCGUCGGUGCACGCGUUUACGGACGAUGUGUCGUCGCCGCGGCCGGUGCCCGCGCGCUUUGAUGACGACGGCGCGUCGGAGCUGUCGCAUUUUUCCGCCGCAUGGAGGCGCUCCAGCGCGAGCGCGACGAGCAUUUGA